AUGCGCCCCAAAGAGCAGGGACAGGGCUGCGCCGGGGAAGGGCCGGGGUCCGGUUCCGGGUCCGGUUCCGGGCCCGGUUCCGGGGACCCAGCAACAGUUACCCCGGCUCCCCCGCCGGUAGCCAGUCCUACUCCAGAGCCCGAGCCCGCCCCCACGCAGGCACCGGGGACUGGACAGGGGACAGGUUCCCGAGCAGCCUCAGGAUCCCAAUCCGGAUCUCGCCCGGCCUCCCAGACUGGAGCCAAGACGGGAGCCCAGCGCCCAUCUGGCCAGUCCGUGCCUGACAACUCGGAUGCGCCGUGGACCCGCUUUAUAUUCCAAGGGCCCUAUGGUCCCAAGGCCACUGGCCUGGGGACUGGAAAGGCGGCGAGCAUCUGGAAGACACCUGCCGCCUACAUUGGCAGGCGUCCUGGGGUGUCCGGCCCUGCGCGCGCCGCAUUCAUUCGRGAACUGGAAGAAGCGCUCUGUCCUAACCUACCUCCAGUCAAGAAGAUCACCCAAGAAGAUAUCAAAGUGAUGUUAUAUUUGCUGGAGGAGGUGGGGCUCAGAAACUGGGAAGGUAUACCCUAUGGGUGGGUCCCUCUGCAGAGAGAGCGGGACCUGAAUACGGCAGCUCGCAUUGGCCAGUCUCUGGUGAAACAGAACAGUGUUUUGAUGGAGGAGAACAGCAAGCUGGAAGCCAUGCUGGGCUCGGCCAGGGAGGAGAUUUUACACCUCAGACACCAGGUGAACUUGCGGGAUGACCUCCUUCAGCUCUAUUCAGACUCUGAGGAUGAGGAUGAGGAUGAAGAAGAGGAGGAGGAAGAAGAGAAUGAAGAAGAGGAACAUGAAGGAGAAGAAGAGCGAAAGCAUGAUCAUCCCUAUGAUGCCCGMAAGCCGACCCCUCAGGAGGAGUCCCGGCACCACUGCCCACAGCUGGAAGCCCUGCAGAAGAAGCUGAGGAUGCUGGAGGAGGAGAACGACCAGCUGAGAGAGGAGGCCUCUCAACUGGACACCCUGGAGGAUGAGGAGCAGAUGCUCAUCCUGGAAUGUGUGGAGCAGUUUUCCGAGGCCAGCCAGCAGAUGGCCGAGCUGUCAGAGGUGCUGGUGCUCAGACUGGAGAACUAUGAACGGCAGCAGAAGGAGAUUACCCAGCUGCAGGCCCAGAUCGCSAAGCUGCAGCAGCGCUGCCAGUCGUAUGGGGCUGAGACUGAGAAGCUGCAGCAUCAGCUGGCCUCGGAGAAGGGAGUCCAUGUGCACCCCCAGGAAGAGGUGAGCCUCUGGUUGGGUUCCCAACUGCAGGACCUGCGGGAGAAGUAUGCGGACUGCGGGGGUGUAGUGUUUGAGCGCCCGGAGGAGGUGAAGACCCUCCGCCAACAUGCUGUGGCACCCUCUGGCUCUGUCACCCACUAUGCGUACACUGUGCCUCUGGGGGCAAUUCCAAAUCUCCCACAGACACUGGCUGAGGAGCUCAGAACGUCUCUAAGGAGGAUCAUGUCGGACCCUGCGUAUUUUAUGGGCAGGAAUUAUGGGAUGCCAGCACGGGAAACGUCCAACCUGGGAUAUGACCCCCGCUACAGGGAGGAGCGAGAGCAGGAGCAGGAAUUCAAGGCUGAGCAGGGCUUGAUGCCUGCAGAGAAUCUCAUGCCGCCUGAAGAUUUUGAGCCUGCAGAGGAGUUGGUGCCUGAGGAGGAGCUGGGGGCCACAGAGGAGGUGGGGCCAGCUGAGGAAGGACUGUCGGAAGAUGCUGAGCUGGUGUCCGAGGACACUGAGGCCUGGGAGGAGGUGGAGCCCGAGGUGGAUGAGGCCACACGGAUGAAUGUGGUGACCUCAGCCCUGGAGGCCAGCGGCCUGGGCCCUUCUCGCCUGGACAUGAAGUAUGUCCUCCAGCAACUAGCCAACUGGCAAGAUGCCCAUUACAGGCGGCAGCUGAGGCAGAAGAUGCGCCAGAAAGAAGAGCUCUCCCGCGACGGCCUCCCUCCGACCAGCCGGACCAGCUGCAGAUCAUCCAGCCGAUGA